CCCUUCGAUGCCCGCUCCGCCUGGGACUGCUGGCCGUCCCCAGGCUGGUCGCCGACUGCUGGUCGGCGCGGUCCUGUGUGCCAUGGGCUGUAUCCAGAGCAUUGGCGGCAAAGCCAGAGUCUUCCGCGAAGGGAUCAGCGUGAUCGACGUGAAGGCCUCCAUCGACCCCAUCCCCACCAGCAUCGACGAGUCGUCCAGCGUGGUUCUGCGCUACCGCACGCCCCACUUCCGGGCCUCGGCCCAGGUGGUCAUGCCACCCAUCCCCAAGAGGGAGACCUGGGUCGUGGGCUGGAUUCAGGCGUGCAGCCACAUGGAGUUCUACAACCAGUACGGGGAGCAGGGCAUGUCCAGCUGGGAACUGCCCGACCUGCAGGAGGGCAAGAUCGAGGCCAUCAGCGACUCGGACGGGGUGAACUACCCCUGGUACGGCAACACCACGGAGACGUGCACCAUUGUGGGCCCCACGAAGAGAGACUCCAAGUUCAUUAUCAGCAUGAACGACAACUUCUACCCCAGCGUCACGUGGGCCGUGCCCGUGAGCGAGAGCAACGUGGCCAAGCUGACCAGCAUCUACCGGGACCAGAGCUUCACCACGUGGCUGGUGGCCACCAACACGUCCACCAACGACAUGAUCAUCCUGCAGACGCUGCAUUGGCGAAUGCAGCUCAGCAUUGAGGUGAACCCCACCCGGCCCCUGGGCCAGCGCGCCCGGCUGCGGGAGCCCAUCGCCCAGGACCAGCCCAAGAUCCUGAGCAAGAAUGAGCCCAUCCCGCCCAGCGCCCUGGUCAAGCCGAACGCCAACGACGCUCAGGUCCUCAUGUGGCGGCCCAAGUACGGGCAGCCGCUGGUGGUCAUCCCGCCCAAGCACCGGUAGCGGCCGGGGCAGCCGCUCGCUUCGACUCACCGGUAAUAAUACUGCUCAGAACGAACCCACGCACCCUGUGGUCAUUCAGCAAAGUACAACCUCUCUACCUUCAGUGGGCGGACCCCACCGUGCCAACGCCCGCCAGCGGCACGGGGCAGCCCCGCGUUCGGCCCACGGGGUCUCCCCCGACCCCCGUCCCUUCUUCCCUCUCCUUUUCUCAUGAUCUCCAUCGCCCACUUGCAACAGAUUCCCCGAAACACUGCUUUUUCAGUUUUCUUUCUUUUAACUUUUCUUUGUGAGGUUGGGGGGUGCGGGGUGGGGGGAGGAGUCGCUUCCCCCCGGGAAUGUGGCUCAGGCCCAGGAUCAGAGGCUGAUCCGUGCCGUGGGUGGUUUGCCGGGAGUGGCGGGACCUCCCCUCGCCGCCCUGUGUCCUCUGACACGCGGCCUUAUGUAGAUUUGCUUUGCCAAACUUUUGCCUUAAGCUGAAUUUAAAGGGAAAAAAAAAAAAAAAAAAAAAAAACGGAGAAAGCUAGCAGGAUCUCUUCUCCUGCUGGUGGUUGGGGGCGGGGCUGGGGACACGCCCCACCCGAGCCCCUCCUCCCAGCUCUCUCUCGGGAGGGAUGCAGACGUCAAACCAGCUGCUCCUUCUGUGGUUUCCCAGGCUGUCCGCCCCUCCCCCCGAGGUUCCCUCCCCGGUCCGGUGGAGGAGCUCUGGAGGGCAGGUGUGCCCGUGGUCUCUCCUCUCAUCCCAGCAGCCUUAACUUGCCUUGGGUGGCUCUCCGGGGGAGAGGGAGGGUCCCGUGAGCUGGAAGCUGUGCCCGAGGGAUUUUCAGGACAGCCCGGGUCGGAGAGGUGGGGGCGAGCUGUGCUUCCCUCGCUGCGUCCCCAGCCUCGAGCCCCGGGGGCUCCAGCAGUCCACGCUGGCUGCCCUGGAGCCCACACUGGGCUCCCAGCCGAUUCUCAGGGAUGCCGCUCGCGGGCUGUCUGGCCCCGCGCGGCACAGGGAGUGGGGGUCGGGGACACAAAGCCCCCAGGUCCAGGGCUUGGAGGGCUCAGUGGUGGCGGGGGGCGGGGGCUGGGCUGGCACAGCGGGGGCCGAGGACGGCCCUCUGGCACCCGGGGCCUGGGCCUGAGCCACGCAGAGGUGUGUGUCGGCAGGGCACGGGCUGCUGGAGACACCUGGCUGCAGCCACAUUGCUUCAAGCUUGCCAAACCCACAGCUCCCUCCCCACGGUCCCGCAUCGAAAGUGAUAGCAAGCACAGAAAACUGUCAGGUCGGAAAAACAGCCCCCCUUCCUGCUGCACACGAGCCACUUGCCCGAGCCGACCCCUUGCUCUCCUCGCGCAUGGGGUGGCGUGAUUAUUCCAGGGGUGCUCGGCCACCAGGCAGCCUCUGAGCCCAGGCCGUGCCACCAGGCUGCAGCUGAGCCGAAUCGCACUGGUGUGGUGCUGCCGGCCGGUGCGGUGCUAGGGAGCCCCAUGUCGGGCUGGGACCUCCCCGUGGGGCUGCAGGGGCCCCUUGGGGUGCGCGAAGACCGUGCCGCCAGGAGAGGCUGCACGCCGAGGGGGUGCCCGUGGGGCCCCAGCUCCGUGUCCAGGACUGGACAUGGCCUCUUGAUGGGAGGGGCCUUCUCUACACUCAGGUCUUGUGCUAAGGAGACAGCCCGGGUGGGGUGGGGUGCGAGCGGGGCAGAGGCCCCCAGCCCCUUUGCAUUUUCUGAGUGGGGGGCAGCAGCCCCUCCCCUGCAUGCCCGCCCCUGCCCACCUUGCUCCCUGACUCACUUUCUCCUGGGGGUCCUUUCUCUUUAGCCUCGCUGCCGACACCGCAGGUUGGGGCUGGGGAGACCCUGGAGGGCGGCAGGUCCCACCCGGGCCGCGGCGCCGCCGGGGUCUCGUCGCUCAGCUCUCGCUGGUGCAGCGCAGGCCCCAGGCUUCCUGGGCUGUGAGUGCCCUCGGCCCCAGCGUGGACACGCGCUCCCUUCUCCCAGCAAUAAGAGCCAUCUUUGUCCUGGAGAGUACUGUGACAACAACCAAUGCACUUGCCCGGAGGCACAGACUCCUGAAGAUAAUGUAAAGUGAAUUUUUUUUUUCUAAAAAACACAAAGAGAAAUAAAAUGUAAUUUUAAAGUA